AUGCUCAGUUCUUUCACAAACGUAUACGGCUCCUUUCCCAAUAUCCAAGCUCGUAUGAAUAAUCUAGCGGGCACUCAAGCAAGCGUUGUGGGAAUGGCAGGCUCUGGACCCCGAUUUCAAAGUCUGAGUGAUUUUGAAAAAGAGCAGGAUGAAUUGCAAGCUCAGAUUGACCAAGAUAAUCUCAAUGGACAACCCACAAGAUCUCGAACUGGCUUACCAGCCGACAGCAGACCUAGAAAUGUGCCAGAUGUCAGUGGUAUCCUACUUGAAGGACAAGCAUUGCAGGAAAUGGGCAGCACAAACUGGGUAGGAAAACUACUAGAGUACCACCAAGCCAACGCCAUCAUUCCACCGCCAGAGUAUACAGAGCACCAGGUCUCUGAACAGCGAUUCGGCUGUUCCGUAACCAUCAAGCAAAAGACCGAACCCAUCACCACCUUAACAUCCUUCAGCAACAAAAAAGAUGCCAAAAAAUUCAUCUCCAAACUCGCCAUCGAUUGGCUUAUCUCACAGAACCUCAUGCCUUCUACCGGCGCCGUCAAAUUUCCCAAGACUCCAGUUGCAACUCCAAUUCCAGAUGCUCGCGAGAGAAGCACCUCUCCAACACCCUAUCCCAGUCUCGUCCCCGGCCUCUGCAUCUCCCUUGGUUUCAACCCUCCGGCCUACAAACUUACGCGCAUGUCAGAAGGCACCUCAUUUUACGAAAUCUACGCAGAUUUCGGAUCCGAUCCCCGGGUUGACGGCCCCGUAGGAAAACUCACAAACAUCUACGGUAAGAAUAAAGCUAAAGAAGCCUGCGCAAAAGAAGUUUUCAAGUUCUUGAAGGCGAUUGAACGAUUGAGGGAAGAAGGCAUUGUAGCUCACCAGGGAGAGGAGAGAAGGACUGUGGAGGAGCCUCAACCUCAGCAUGAAGAUUCGGAUUCGAAUGCGAAUGAUCAGUAUAGUGUCAUUCCUGGUAUUUAA